AUGCCGCUACAGGAAUCCGAUCUGAUUUUCUCAAAUGCCGCCUCUGCAUUGAGAACCGCUUUAGGAGAUCUUAAACGUUCGAAUCUAACAAUCAAAAAUCGCCUCAACUCUAUCAAGCGAGACUCAGUAUUCGUCACAGACGUCGCAGACUUUUACCAACUACCACUGAUAGCGAACGAGCGGUGCGGGAGCUGGUACAUCCCACCACAUCGGAAAGUCGGAAGCGCAUACUUCAAGUCCACGGACGGGCACUUUGGGCAAUGGAUGUUCAGUCUAAGGAGGCUGAACUUUCAGGUCCUCGACGUCGUUGGCGAGCAUGGAGGAUGUGUUAUCGUAGACUCCACGAGACGUGGGAAAAGCAUGCCAGAUGCCUUGUCGAAAACGGCACCCAUUUGGAUCACUGUGUUGAAUCGUCUACUCUUCCCGAAUGACACAUCAUGUCACGAUCUAGAGACUCCCUCGGACGUAGUAUCCCCAUCAGAGCAUGCACAAAUCGAAGCUCGAAUCGAAUCACAUCUCCAUGCCGCCCAGUCUCUGGAUCUUGACCUUGCAUCACUUCGGACCAGAAUCAAUAACAAGCCCAUGGCUAUCACUUGGCAGAGACCUGGAGAUCCAUUACUUUCAUCUCCUCUCUCAGAGACCAAUCUAGUUGUGCUCUGCACGGCGUCAAAUCAGACCAGUAAUGACACAUCCGCGAAUUCGUCAUACGUACAAGGCGCUGCGGACGACCCUGAGAGCUGGUCUCUAGGUCUUGAUGCUGCGACUUUCUGGUCACACAAUGAGUCCCUGCUUGCUGCCUCAGAGGAUGAACUUCCAGACUUGAUAGAAUCGCUGCUGGUCCAAGGCGCCGCCAAUCCGGCAACACGAACGAUGACUUUGAUCAAGCCGACUUCAAGUCUCUGGAUUGGGAAACCAAACGAGGCGACUUUGCACUCCGCAGACUUUGACGUUGUGAUCUCUUGCACAACAGCGGCUUUGCCUGUACAGCCUACGAGCAAUGAGGACGGCACUCCAAUUCCAAUCAACCUCAUCUGCACCUCCGGCAAAGUAGGAAGUCGACAACUACGACACGAACUCCCCAAACUCCUGCAACUUCACCAUCUCCUUUCCAAAUCCCCGCAACUCAGAUUGUUGAUAACAUGCGAGACUGGAAAAGAUCUCUCUGUGGGAAUCGCAUUAGCGGUUCUGUGUCUCUUCCACAACGACGCAGGCGAAGUACAGAGUACAGUUACGACCGAAGGGAUCAACAAGGAUUUCAUCAAGAAGAGAUUGAGCUGGAUCAUGGUUUCCAUGCCAGAUGCAGCUCCCAGUCGAGCUACGCUGCAGAGUGUUAAUGCGUUCUUGAUGGGGUGA